AUGGCAAAGUCAGCUCGUUCUAAAGCAUUGGCAAAAAGUCGACAAAAUCGAUUGCGUUAUGCGUUGCAAAAACAAAUUAAACAAAAGAGUCACAGUGGAUGGAAUAUGAUCCGUGGAAUAUUUUGGUUUUUAGUAUUGUUUUAUAAAUCAAGAAACAAAAAACUUAAUAAAGAUGUCGAUUGUAAUCUUUUAGAAUGUCCAAUAUCUGUUAAUUAUUUUUUAAAUAAAAAAGAUAUUUUUAAAAAGGAUACAAAUCCAGAUCCAAGAGGUUUUAAUGCAGUCGAUUGUAGAAUAUUAGGAAAUCGUUAUGAAACAAUUACAACAACAGGUAAUGUUAUUUCAGUUCGAACACAUGCAACAAAUUUGUGUAUUGUUAGAGAUGUGUUAGAUAAUGUUUGUAAGAAAGUUUGUAGAUUAGUUUCAUGGAGUAAAUUUGCUGUGAAAAAGUAUCGAACAUGUUUUGGUGGGCGUGGAAGAAAAAAACAACGAAAAAGACAUUCUUAUCAUAUUAAUAGAAUAAAAUGUAUGAAACGUUUGAUAAAUCAACGAAAUCUGUAUCAUGAAAAUAAAGAAAAAAGCAAUAGAACGAAACAAAAAAAAAGAGAAAUUUAUCACACAAAUGAAUUGCUACGACAAAUAAAAUGUGAUAUUUUAAGACAAAAUUACCGAGAAAUUGAUUUGCUGCGAGAAAAAGAAUGUAAUAUUUUAAGAGAGAAGUAUUCCGUUUUUCGAAAUUCGGCAGCGUUCGGGAGAUGUAAAUAAUGACAAAAAUGAUAAUGAACAGCUGUUAGUUUCCUUAUAUGGUUAUACAUGACUCACUCUUAAA